AUGACAAGAGAACGCGCAAUAGAACCACCCAAGGGAGACACGGAUGAUGAAAUCGUGGCUCUUCUACGGCAAAUGGAGGAGAUCGAUUUGUUCGGCGAGAAACAAAAAGGAAAGGGUCGAGCUGAUGAACCGUUGGACAUUGAUAUUGCCGUGACAGUGUUUCGCGAUGGGGUACAAACACACGUUGGCUUCUUGAAUGAUCUCAAGCUUGCUCAAAGUAUUGGUCAUGCUGUGUAUAUGGACGGCCCAGCUAUUGCAGGCAUCACGCAUGGAGAGUUGCAAGCCCAGCGUGAUCGACAACUAGCCAUUACAAUGAGCGCCGAUGAUCCGGAACUUCAGAACCCUCCGCGUGGGAAAUUGCAUCGCCACUCUCAUCCUUUAAAUAUACCUUGGGACUUCCUCAACGGACAGGGUGAUAUUGAUUGUGGUUCUGAUGAAGACAAAGGUGGUCCGUCGAAAACAUAUGCGGAGCACCAGAAGGAAGCGAUGGAGAAGCUAACUCACCAAAAGCAACAAUGCUGUACCUGCUUCGAUAGCUUUCAAUCAAGCGAUAUGGUUGGCUUGGAAUGCGGUGACCUCUACUGCACAGAUUGCCUCAAGAGCCUUUUCAUGAGAGCGACUAAGGAUGAGCAACUCUUUCCUCCGAGAUGCUGCCGCCGGCAUAUUCCCUUAUCGCUUGUUGAGAAACAAAUGACCACCGAAGAAAUGGAUGUAUUUCAGAGGGCAGCAAUUGAAUUCUCCACGACCAACAGAACCUACUGCAGCAACACUGAUUGUGGCAGAUUUAUCGUCCCGACUAACAUAGUAGCCCAGCAGGCGAAGUGCAAGUACUGCGGCUCCUUAACUUGCACAGUGUGCAAGAAUACCUUUCACCAUGACGAUUGUCCAGAAGACACCGCUCUCCAGGAAACAUUGGAACUUGCCAGAAGCCAAGGGUGGCAGCGUUGCGUCUCCUGCAAGGCGAUGGUUGAACUGACAAUAGGUUGCUAUCACAUGCGGUGUAAUUGCAAGGCUGAAUUCUGCUACCUGUGCGGCAGAAAGUGGAAAUCCUGUCGCUGUGUAUUGUGGCAGGAGGGGAGACUCGUUGCCAGAGCCGAACAGAUUGUGGAUCGGGAAGUUGACUAUGCGCUGCCUCAGCAAGAGCGUCAACGCCGCAUCGCCCAGGUGCGAAAUAAUUUGCUGGAGACGCACGAGUGUGAACACUCGCGACGCUUCGAGCGCAUCUUGAACGGUAGUAGACACGGGCUUCAAUGCGAAUUGUGUGGGGCACGUCACUGGAAAUUUAUUUUGCGGUGCCGUCGUUGUCAGUUAGACGUGUGUCAAGAUUGUCGGAUGCAUCGCGUGUGA